CAUAUGAAUUUUUCUCAUUAUCUUUCUUGAUGUUGGAGACUGUCGUUGGAACCUUGGUGAAUGGUUACAUUGUGAUCGUAUUCUUAUUAGUCCUGGUGACCCAGAAAAAACUUGGCUCUGGCAACAUAAUCCUUACUUGCCUAAGUUUGUCUCGCUUUGGCUUUCAGUAUCUGGUGUUAGGUUUGUACGUGUUGUCGUACUUAUAUUCAGAUGCUUUUAACUCACAAAGCAGCAUAAAGAAUCUACAAUAUGUAUGGCUGUUUUUCCAUAACAUCAACGUAUGGCUGACUGCUUUACUCUCCACAUUCUACUGUGUAAGAAUAGUCAAUAUUCAGCAAUGCAUUUUUGUCUUUUUGAAAACCCAUUUUGACAGAUGCGUCCCUUAUUUUAUCUUGGCUAGCGCUGGAAUCUCAGCGCUAUGUAGCAACUCUUUUACUUACACUGUUUUCAAUGUGGACAAAUUUGACAAAGGUAAUAGGUCGUCACCAUUUAUUUUAGGUGGCUCAGACUUUGCAACCUUCUCUACCACUUCAGCAGUGAGCAUUGCUCCUCCAUUUCUUCUGUUUUGUGUUUCAUCUGGGCUGGUUGUGGGCUCUCUUUUCAGGCACAUGCGCAAGGUUAAAGGGCAAGAGAGAACUGGCUUCAGAGAGCCAUCAUUACAUGCCCAUCAUAGAGCUGUUAGAAUGAUGGGUGCCUUCUUCAUUUUCUUCUCCCUUUACACAGUAGCAUUUAAUCUCUACGUAUCCGGAAUAUUGGGUAAAGGAAUGUGGGCCAGUUUUUGCACUAUGGUCAUUGGUGCUUACCCUUCAUUACACUCUCUUGUGCUUGCCAUUGGGAACCCUAAGCUCAAACAGACUUUCAGGAAGAUUCUACAAAAGGGACAUUGCUACUGCUGCGAAGCAGAGGUGACUCAGAUAGAGACUAUUGAUUAUUAAUGAUUUCUUUCUGCAUUCGUCCAUACACAGUUCAGCAUCAGGAAACUCUUAUAAUACCAUCUGAAUUAGAAGUUGAUUGGGUGCUCUAUAAGACAUGCAUAACAAGCAGCUUGGUGAAAACUUUUCACCUAUGCCCAAAAGUUGUAAGAUGAUUGUAUACAACUAAACCUGUCAUAAAGUUAGCGUUAGAUUUUCUAUAAUCAUUCUUUAUCUGUGCUCGUACUACUAAUAUGUAUAUUGAUAUAAAUGUUCAUGAAUACCAAUGACAAUAUAAGUAACUCAUUUACAAUUAUUUUGUAUGCUUCUGAAACUUUCAAAUGUAGAAAUGAUACAUUAUAAACUACGGGCUCCUGAAUAGUCUUGAAUAUUUGGGUCCAAACUGACACUUUGUAUUUUUUAUUUAUGACCGAAGAGGGAUACUGACCACCCCAGAGAACCCCUUAAAAUCAUUAAUAGGUCUUAGGGAAUCUCUGCCAAAACCAAUUCAUUAGGAGUAAGUGAAAAAUAUGCCUCAUACAUUGGUGGUCAGUGGAAGGUUUUCAUCAGAAUUCUACCCUGGGAGACAAUAUGUCAGUUGCGGACAUGCAGGCGGCAUAUCCUUAACAGACAUUGAUUGACAAACUGUUUGUAAAUUUACUGACUGUUGGCAACUCUGCAAACCACUAUACCACCAGUGUUUUAAAGAGACCCCAUCAUCAAACCAUUUAUUUUAACAAAAACUUUCCCUUAUGAAUAUAUCAACCUUUAACAUAUGUUGUGCAUGAUAUUUACCUGUAAAAACCUACCUUAUGUGGAUAUCCAAAAAGUGCUGAGACUGUUACUGGGCACCGCCAUCUUGAAUGUUAUGUCGGAAGUUGCAGCAGACUCAGAGCUGUCACUCAAAUGAUAUUCUAUAGCAGCCAUUCUCAACCAGGUCCUACAAAGGUGGCUAAGGGUUCAAUAAGCUCAGUGGUGCCUGCAUUGUUCCUCGACCCAACCAGUGCCAUGACACCAAUGAUAAUUUUAUCUGUCUCAAAGUGUAGAAUUCAUAUAAAAACUAUAAAGCUGUGUACACACGAUCAGUUUGUCCGAUGAAAAAAUACCAAUGGAUUGUUUUCAUCGGACAAA